GAAAAUUAAAAUAUUGAAACCUCGGGAAAACCCUUUCCUUUGUACUAUCUAUUGUGUGGUAAGUAUAAACCCUAGGUGUGCGAAAAUUUGGGGGGUGGCGCCGAUUUGUUCUUCAAUGGCUUCUCGUUACAGAUCAUUUUCUCAACCAGCAUUCUCUCUGAUCAAAUCCACCAUCAACAAACCCAAAUCCUCCUCUUCCUCCUUCUCACCCUUUCUCCUCAAAACUCGCACUUCCGUCACCGUCAGGUCCGUCGCGGAGCUAGGUUGCGUACAGUCACUCCUUCCCUUGCACUCGGCGGUUUCAUCUGCGCGGCUCACUUCUUGCCUCGGAAUCGAUUCAACAAGUUCGAGAUCUUUGUCUCAGGGUAUGCUUUGCAGUGCCAACCCUGGUGUUUGAUUCAUUUCCACAGAUACUACUUUUUAUCACCUUUUCUAUCUAAAUGGGUCUUGGCACACCGCGAUAACAGAUUUGGAAGGCUGGUGAUUGAUGGACUAUAGAGUCAUUGCUUUGUCAGGAUGCGCUUUUGUUAAUUAUUUCGAAAUUAACAGACCGUCAUAAUGGGUAUAUAAUUGGAAGAAUAUUUCCAUCUUCUAGUUACAGUGUAAUCAUUUCUUUAUAAUGGCCGAUCAUUUCAUUGUUAAUUGUUUCAAAAUUCAAACAUCAUCAGCAUGACUUGAUGAAUAAAAUCUCACUGAUUCGAGUUUCUGAAAA